AUGAAGCAUGGUUGCCUAGUUUCCGGUUGCACUCCUUACAAUAAUCUCAUCCCCGUUAGGGUUAACUUGAAAAGGGAAGAAAACCAGUUGAAGCUCAUUCCUACGAAGCCAAAACAAGUCAACUUUUUCACUACCCUGGCUCCUCCUCUUGCAGCUGCAUUCCUCCUUUUCUCUCCAAUUUGCACAACUCCAGUUUCAAGUGCCCAAACAAUAGAUAUCCUAAGAGGAGCCUCAUUGUUCCAACAAACAUGUAUUGGAUGUCACUAUGCAGGUGGAAACAUUAUACAACCAGGAUCAACUCUAUUCACAAAGGAUUUACAAAGAAAUGGAGUUGAUACACAAGAAGAAAUCUACCGCGUCACAUACUAUGGCAAAGGGAGAAUGCCGGGAUUUGGUAAAGAGUGCAUGCCUAGAGGGCAGUGUACAUUUGGAGCUCGUUUGGAAGAUGAAGAUAUCAAGAUAUUGGCUGAGUUUGUCAAGUUACAAGCUGAUAAAGGGUGGCCAAAUGUAGAAACGGAAGAAAAAUGA